AUAAACCGCCGCCAAAUCUCCCACUGCGUCUUUUUCUUCACUCAAACAGUUCUCUGCAUAAUCCUUCACUUGUAUUGACCAUUCAACCUGUUCCCUGUCCAGAUGGGGUCAAUUCCAUGUCACUGACCUCUUUUCACGUGCUUUUCUUUUUCUCCUCUUCCCUGCACCCCUCUUUUCUUCAACUUCGACCUCACUUCACCUCCCCCUCUUCUCAUAUCCAAACAACAAAAUGUCCUCUCCGUUCCAUCGUCGACCUCUUCCGGACUAUUUCUUCGCCUCUCCCCUCACUGCUCUCCUCUAUCCCGUUCACCAGGCGCUCCUGCGUCUGCGAGGGCCUCCCCGCCUACCACCUCCUGGCGUCCGGCCAAUUCGCGUCGUUUGCAUCUCCGACACCCAUUCCCAGCAAUAUCCCGACGUCCCUGACGGCGACCUGCUAAUCCACGCGGGGGAUCUGUGCAACGAUGGCAGUAUCAAGGAGAUUCAAGAGGCGGUAGAUUGGCUACAACAACUCCCUCAUCCACAAAAGGUUGUCGUGUGUGGGAACCACGACAGCUACUUUGACGUUCGAUCCCGCCGCGACGAGGAUCGUGAUCAUCCAUCCUCAUCAUCGUUUGCAGCAGUGUCAGCGUCGACAGCAUCUCUACACUCUCUCGAAGACCUCGACAGUCAUCGAAUUGAUUGGGGAGAUAUCCACUACCUACAGCAUACCUCCGUGACCCUCUCAUUCCCACCCCAGCCAUCAUCGCCCACUAGCGCCAUCUCUUUAUCAUCCACUAGCACCAACUCUACGUCUAAUAAUUCCGUUCGCACCCUAACGCUCUACGGCGCUCCUCAAAUUCCCGCAAUCGUCCCAUUCGGUUCUGAGCACGCGUUCACCUACUCCCCCCACCACGAUGCCUGGUCCGGCACCGUACCACCCGAGACCGACAUCCUCAUCACCCACACCCCGCCGCAAGGCCACCUCGAUCUCUCACCCGUCUACUCCGCCGGCUGUCCAUACCUUCUCUCUGAAGCCUGGCGCGUUCGUCCCUCCCUGCACAUCUUCGGCCACCUGCACGAGGCCUAUGGCAACGAACCCGUCUACUGGGACGAGGCACAACAGGCAUGGGAGCGGCUCUGUGCCACAAGACGGGUGCGUGCCCGCGACGGCCGGCUUGUCUCCGUUUUCUGCGGACUGCUCCGUGAUCUCCUCGACCCAACAGGGUGGGUCGAUGCUGCUCGUGUCGUUGCGUAUGGCGUCCUGGGCAUCGUCUGGGCCAAGGUGUGGGGUGGCGAGAACCGAGGGUGUGGGUGGUUUGUGAACGCGGCUUGUAUGUAUCGCAACUCGGGGAGACUGGGGAACCGGCCGUUUGUGGUGGACUUAUAGGCAUCCCUGUCCCUGCGGAUGCCUCGUUUCUGCCCGGAUUUCCAUUGCAUGCCCAUGACUGUAGGAUGUAGAUGCCCGUACAUUGACUGAAUGAAGUUCCGAAUGCGCCUGUAUUGUAAUCACUAGUUUGUAUAUAAUGGGCUAUGUGUAUCAAAAUUGCAUCCUCCUACGGAAGUCGUCUUUAUUGGUUUUUAGCCAGAUAUCUGUGAAUACAGUCAAUAAAAAUCUUCCGCAUCCUGAUAUCUAUACUCCAUUCACUGCC